AUGUCAGGGGCUGUAACUAAUGGGUCGAUUCGCCAUGUCACUGGCCUGUCACUCGGCGCCUCAACACCCGUCCCAGUAGUAGCCAUCAUUGGAGACAAAGGCUCUGGAAAGACAUCGUUGUUCGAAGCUCUCUCUGGUCUAUCUCUUCAUGGAUCUCGUCUCUCGUCAACGAAAUUCCCCAUCCAUGCUUGCUUCACGCACAGCAGCCGGACAGGGACGACGCUCAGAGCACGGAUAAGGCCAGGGAAAGUCGACGGACAGAAUGAGGAGCUUUCAGACCACUUACACAGUUUCGAGGUGAACUAUGAAGGUGACCUUGCUGCUGUCAAUCUCCCUCAAAUUGUGAAUCAGGUUCGUACAGUCUUUUAUCCCGAUGCCCUCACACACUUUGCUAAUCGCGGGAUAACAAUACAGGCAACGAAUCACAUGCAGAUCGCAACGGCGUUCUCUGACGAAAAGGAACAAGAAGAGCAACAAGUAUCCGACAAUGUACUUGUCAUUGAGCUUUCAGGUCCAGACUUUUUCAACAUGGAAAUCGUCGAUACACCUGGGCUUUCCUCCAGUCCGACCCUUGAUGACACCCAAGAGGUAACAAGACCUCUCAUAAUGGAUCUCGUCAGGCAGCCCAACACUAUCAUCCUAUCUGUCGUUGACGCAACGACUGAUAUGAGCACUCAAGAGGGCCCCAGGCUUGCACGAGCAGCUGACGUGACGGGCAAUCGCAUCGUUGCUGUCGUGACAAAGUGUGACCUUGUACCCCCAGAAGAGCGAAGAUUCGUGUUGAGGGCUAUGCGUAACAAGGAACGUCAUCUCGGCCAUCCCUGGUUCGCUAUCAGAAAUCUCUCAAGCGAUGAACGCGAUCGAGAUUGUGGCUUAGAGACGCGAAAUUCCAUUGAGGAAUUAUUCUUCUCAGAAAUGGACUGGGCCGUUCUGAAACGUCGGCGGCGUGUGGGGGCAACAACACUGAAGGACCACCUAAAGACUAGGGUGAAUGUCUUGCUUCGGGGUAGUAUAGAACUACUGACAACUAUACUCAACACACCCUCACAUUCCGUUGCACCAUCACAUGCCCCAAGCAUCACAGAAAAGGGACACGCAACAGAAGUCUACGCAAUAUCGGAAGGAACUGCAGUAGCAGACGUCGACCUAGAAUUCGCAUCAGAUGCACCGCGCCCAACACCGCUUCUGAACGCCGUCAUCGUCGGGUUGACCGUUGCCAUUUGUCUCUGCCUUAUAGCACUUGGCUGUAGCUCACUGGUAGUGGAGAUUGCGAGUGAGGGACACUGGUAUCGCAUAUUUCUUCUAGUAACGGCUCCUCCACAGAUUAUCCUGAGCUUGUUCUUCUGCCAAGCGAUUGUUGUGACCAUUUUUCAGAUGAUUGGCCCCGUCACGCAACUAAAAGUCAACUCCAAGUUUUACUCUGCAAAGCGAACGAAACGCCUUGAUGGAACGAAAGUGCUAUUACCGCAUGUCACUAUUCAGUGUCCUGUUUACAAAGAAGGUCUUGAAGGUGUAAUUCGGCCAACAGUACAGUCCCUCUCCGCCGCCAUUCGCAAUUACGAAUCCUUCGGUGGCACAGCUAGUAUCUUCAUCAAUGAUGACGGUAUGCAACUAGUGUCAGAAGAAGAAGCCGAGGAACGACGCAUGUUCUACAAAGAAAACAACAUCGGUUGGGUUGCCCGACCAGGUCAUAACGUAAAUGGCGAAGGAAUAAAGAGAUUCAUACGCCGUGGAAAGUUCAAGAAAGCAUCAAACAUGAACUACGCUCUGGGCAUCAGCCUCAAGGUGGAGGACAAGCUGGUGCAGAUCGACCGCCAUGAGAAGUGGACACAAGUCGAUGAGGAUGCAGCCUAUCAGAAGUGCCUCGAUGAAGUCCUCUCUGAAGAAUUAGGCCGUGCUUGGGUAGGCGGUAACAUCAGAGUCGGCGACUAUCUCCUCCUUGUUGACUCCGACACACGCGUCCCGACAGACUGUCUGAUCGACGCCGUCAGCGAACUCGAAGCUUCACCCCAAGUUGCGAUCCUCCAGUUCACAUCCGGCGUGAUGAACGUCACGACGAGCUACUUCGAAAGCGGCAUCACAUUCUUCACCAACCUUAUCUACACAGCCAUCACCUACGCCGUGGCCAACGGCGAUGUCUCACCCUUCGUGGGGCAUAAUGCGUUUAUUCGUUGGUCUGCGCUGCAAGAGGUUGGGUCAGAAGACGGUGGUAUUAUCAACGGCGAGCAAGAUCCAAACGCCACAACGCCAUAUGAGAAAUUCUGGUCCGAGUCUCACGUCUCAGAAGACUUUGAUAUUUCUCUGCGGUUGCAAACACUCGGUUAUCAUAUCCGUCUGGGGGCUUAUUGCGGUGACGGCUUCAAAGAGGGUGUUUCGCUCACUGUUUACGACGAGUUGGCCCGGUGGGAAAAGUAUGCGUAUGGGUGCAGCGAGCUUCUCUUCUGGCCUAUAAAAGACUGGUGGAGACAUGGUAUCUUUACACCGCUGUUCAAACGCUUCAUCCUGUCGAAUAUGCCGCUUGGGUCUAAGAUCACUAUCAUGUCUUAUAUCGGCACAUACUACGCCAUUGGUUAUUCGUGGAUUGGCUCGCUGCUGAACUACUUCCUAAUUGGAUGGCUCAACGGAGAGCUGGAUCACUAUUACAUGAGCAGUUGGCGUGUUUGGGUUGCUCUUGUGGUCGUCUUCUCUAUAGCGGGGAACAUCACCCUCGCACUGAUCAGAUACCGCUCUCAGCAGGUCAGCUUGCUCAAGGAGCUCUGGACAUGCUUCAAGUGGGUGGCUCUCAUGUUUAUUUUCCUGGGUGGUAUAUCGAUGCAUGUCUGCAAGGCGAUUCUCUGUCAUAUGCUGUCGAUUGAUAUCAGCUGGGGCGCUACGUCGAAGGAGGUGGAAGACACCAAUUUCUUCCAAGAGAUCAGUAUCAUCAUUGGGGGCUUCAAGUAUGUCUUCAUCUUUUGCAUUGCAGUGGCGGCACUGAUGAUCUGUGGUGUCUAUGCCUUUCCGUAUUUAUGGAGGAUUGAUGAGCUCGUUGCAAUCUUUCCUCUUGGAACUGUCAUCUUCUGUCACUUUUUCCUCCCAAUUGCUCUGAAUCCGAACCUGAUGAAGUUCACUUGGUAA